UCCCGGCCCCGGCCCCCGCGGGAAGGGGCUGAGACGCCGCCGCCCGGAUGGCUAGCCUCGCCGCACUCGCCCUCAGCCUGCUCCUGAGGCUGCAGCUGCCUCCUCUGCCCGGCGCCCGGGCGCAGAGCGCCGCAGGCGGCUGUUCCUUUGAUGGGCAUUACAGCAACUGUGGCUAUAGCGUGGCCCUGGGCACCAAUGGGUUUACCUGGGAGCAGAUCAACACAUGGGAGAAGCCAAUGCUGGACCCUGCGGUGCCCACAGGAUCCUUUAUGAUGGUGAACAGCUCCGGGAGGGCUUCUGGCCAGAAGGCCCACCUUCUCCUGCCGACUCUGAAGGAGAAUGACACCCACUGCAUCGAUUUCCACUACUACUUCUCCAGCCGUGACAGGUCCAGCCCGGGGGCCUUGAACGUCUAUGUGAAGGUGAAUGGCGGGCCCCAGGGGAACCCCGUCUGGAACGUGUCCGGAGUCGUCACUGAGGGCUGGGUGAAGGCAGAGCUUGCCAUCAGCACCUUCUGGCCACAUUUCUACCAGGUGAUAUUUGAAUCCGUCUCGUUGAAGGGUCAUCCUGGCUACAUCGCUGUGGACGAGGUCCGGGUGCUUGCCCAUCCAUGCAGAAAAGCACCCCAUUUUCUGCGGCUCCAAAAUGUCGAGGUGAAUGUGGGGCAGAAUGCCACAUUCCAGUGCAUUGCUGGUGGGAAGUGGUCUCAGCAUGACAAACUUUGGCUCCAGCAAUGGAAUGGCCGGGACACGGCCCUCAUGGUCACCCGCGUGGUCAACCACAGACGCUUCUCGGCCACAGUCAGUGUGGCCGACACUGCCCAGAGGAGCGUGAGCAAGUACCGCUGUGUGAUCCGCUCUGAUGGUGGCUCUGGUGUGUCCAACUACGCCGAGCUGAUUGUGAAAGAGCCUCCCACACCCAUUGCCCCCCCGGAGCUGCUGGCUGUGGGGGCCACAUACCUGUGGAUCAAGCCAAAUGCCAACUCCAUCAUCGGAGAUGGCCCCAUCAUCCUGAAGGAGGUGGAAUAUCGCACCACAACAGGCACCUGGGCAGAGACCCACAUUGUCGACUCUCCCAACUAUAAACUGUGGCAUCUGGACCCCGAUGUGGAGUAUGAGAUCCGGGUUCUACUCACGCGACCAGGGGAAGGGGGCACUGGACCACCAGGGCCUCCCCUCACCACCAGAACCAAGUGUGCAGACCCAGUGCACGGCCCGCAGAAUGUGGAAAUCGUGGACAUCCGAGCCCGGCAGCUGACCCUGCAGUGGGAGCCCUUCGGCUACGCAGUGACCCGCUGUCACAGCUACAACCUCACGGUGCAGUACCAGUACGUGUUCAACCAGCAGCAGUACGAGGCCGAGGAGGUCAUUCAGACCUCCUCCCACUACACCCUGCGGGGCCUGCGGCCCUUCAUGACCAUCCGGCUGCGGCUGCUGCUGUCCAACCCCGAGGGCCGGAUGGAGAGCGAGGAGCUGGUGGUGCAGACAGAGGAGGACGUUCCAGGAGCUGUUCCUCUGGAAUCCAUCCAAGGGGGGCCUUUUGAGGAGAAGAUCUACAUCCAGUGGAAACCACCCAAUGAGACCAACGGAGUCAUCACGCUCUAUGAGAUCAACUACAAGGCCGUUGGCUCACUGGACCCGAGUGCCGACCUCUCCAGCCAGAGGGGGAAAGUGUUCAAGCUGCGGAAUGAAACCCACCACCUCUUCGUGGGUCUGUACCCCGGGACCACCUACUCCUUCACCAUCAAGGCUAGCACAGCCAAGGGCUUUGGGCCGCCUGUCACCACCAGAAUCGCCACCAAAAUUUCAGCGCCUUCAAUGCCUGAAUAUGACACAGACACCCCGCUGAAUGAGACAGACACGACCAUCACGGUGAUGCUGAAACCCGCCCAGUCUCGGGGAGCCCCCGUCAGUGUUUAUCAGCUGGUUGUCAAGGAGGAGCGACCUCAGAAGUCACGGAGGGCAGCUGACAUCAUUGAGUGCUUUUCGGUGCCAGUGAGCUAUAGGAAUGCCUCCAGCCUUGAUUCUCUACACUACUUUGCUGCUGAAUUGAAACCUGCCAACCUGCCUGUCACCCAGCCAUUUACAGUGGGUGACAACAAGACAUAUAAUGGCUACUGGAACCCUCCUCUUUCCCCUCUGAAAAGCUACAGCAUCUAUUUCCAGGCACUCAGCAAAGCAAACGGAGAGACCAAAAUCAACUGUGUCCGUCUGGCUACGAAAGUUCACGGAGGGCUGUCACUCCAGCCAGGAGAAGCAGGCUCCUGCAGAACUUGGCAGUGGGGCAGAAAGCAAGCACCAAUGGGCAGCGCCCAGGUGACCCCGGGGACUCCACUCUGCCUCCUCACCACAGGUGCUUCCACUCAGAAUUCCAACACCAUGGAGCCAGAGAAGCAGGUGGACAGCACUGUGAAGAUGGCUGGCGUGAUCGCCGGCCUCCUCAUGUUCAUCAUCAUUCUCCUGGGCGUGAUGCUCACCAUCAAAAGGAGAAGAAAUGCUUAUUCCUACUCCUAUUACUUGAAGCUGGCCAAGAAGCAGAAGGAGACCCAGAGUGGAGCUCAGAGGGAGAUGGGACCUGUGGCCUCGGCCGACAAACCCACCACCAAGCUCAGCACCAGCCGCCACGAUGAAGGCUUCUCCUCCAGCUCACAGGACGUUAACGGAUUCAAUGGCAGCCGCGGGGAGCUGUCCCAGCCCACCCUCACGAUCCAGACCCACCCCUACCGGGCCUGCGACCCCGUGGAGAUGAGCUAUCCCCGGGACCAGUUCCAGCCUGCCAUCCGGGUGGCUGACCUGCUCCAGCACAUCACCCAGAUGAAGAGAGGCCAGGGCUACGGGUUCAAGGAAGAAUAUGAGGCCUUACCGGAGGGGCAGACAGCUUCGUGGGACACAGCCAAAGAGGACGAAAACCGCAACAAGAAUCGAUACGGCAACAUCAUAUCCUAUGACCAUUCUCGAGUGAGGCUGCUGGUGCUGGAUGGAGACCCACACUCCGACUACAUCAACGCCAACUACAUUGAUGGGUACCAUCGACCUAGGCACUACAUCGCAACUCAAGGUCCAAUGCAGGAGACUGUAAAGGACUUCUGGAGAAUGAUCUGGCAGGAGAACUCGGCCAGCAUCGUCAUGGUCACAAACCUCGUGGAAGUGGGCAGGGUGAAGUGUGUGCGAUACUGGCCGGACGACACAGAGGUCUAUGGGGACAUUAAAGUCACCUUGAUUGAGACAGAGCCCCUGGCAGAAUACGUCAUCCGCACCUUCACGGUCCAGAAGAAAGGCUACCACGAGAUCCGGGAGCUCCGCCUCUUCCACUUCACCAGCUGGCCCGACCACGGCGUCCCCUGCUAUGCCACCGGCCUCCUGGGCUUCGUCCGCCAGGUCAAAUUCCUCAAUCCUCCAGAAGCCGGGCCCAUAGUGGUCCACUGCAGUGCUGGAGCUGGGAGGACUGGCUGCUUCAUUGCCAUUGACACCAUGCUCGACAUGGCCGAGAACGAAGGGGUAGUGGACAUCUUCAACUGUGUACGUGAGCUCCGGGCCCAGAGGGUCAACCUGGUACAGACAGAGGAGCAGUACGUGUUCGUGCACGAUGCCAUCUUGGAAGCGUGUCUCUGCGGCAACACAGCCAUCCCGGUGUGCGAGUUCCGCUCCCUCUACUACAACAUCAGCAGGCUGGACCCGCAGACCAACUCCAGCCAGAUCAAAGACGAGUUCCAGACCCUCAACAUCGUGACUCCCCGUGUCCGGCCCGAGGACUGCAGCAUCGGGCUCCUGCCCCGGAACCAUGACAAGAAUCGGAGCAUGGAUGUCCUGCCUCUGGACCGCUGCCUGCCCUUCCUCAUCUCGGUGGAUGGAGAAUCCAGCAACUACAUCAAUGCGGCACUCAUGGAUAGCCACAAGCAGCCCGCUGCCUUCGUGGUCACGCAACACCCUCUACCCAGCACCGUGGCAGACUUCUGGAGGCUGGUGUUCGACUACAACUGCUCGUCCGUGGUGAUGCUGAACGAGCUGGACAGCGCCCAGCUCUGUAUGCAGUACUGGCCCGAGAAGACCUCGGGCUGCUAUGGACCUAUCCAGGUGGAGUUCGUGUCCGCAGACAUCGACGAGGACAUCAUCCACAGAAUAUUCCGUAUCUGCAAUAUGGCUCGGCCACAGGAUGGGUAUCGUAUUGUCCAGCAUCUCCAGUACAUCGGCUGGCCCGCCUACCGGGACACGCCCCCCUCCAAGCGCUCUCUGCUGAAAGUGGUCCGACGGCUGGAGAAGUGGCAGGAGCAGUACGAUGGGAGGGAGGGACGCACUGUGGUCCACUGCCUGAACGGGGGAGGCCGCAGCGGGACCUUCUGUGCCAUCUGCAGCGUGUGUGAGAUGAUCCAGCAGCAAAACAUCAUUGACGUGUUCCACAUCGUGAAGACACUCCGCAACAACAAGUCCAACAUGGUGGAGACCCUGGAACAGUAUAAGUUUGUAUAUGAGGUGGCACUGGAAUAUUUAAGCUCCUUUUAGCCCGACGGAUUGGGGAACCUGCCGGAGUCCAGAAGCUGCUGCAGCCGAGCCCCCUUUUCUGUGAAUGGCAGCGACUGGGCUCAGGGGUGAAGAGACGGCACCCUGCCCCACUCCAGGGAGAAGACUGGUGGUCCCGCGAUCCACAGUGGGCUCUGCUCCUCCUGAGGCAUCUCCAGUUGCUGUGGGGGGAUGCUGACCUGAAAGGCCCAGGCUUCUUUUCCAUACCAACCCCGCCCCAGCCAUGCGGAAGUGCACCCACAGCAGGGCCUUGGAUUUUUCGGUUUCCAGACCUCUUGCUCCUUUCAAGUUUGUGAGUCUCGCGGCAAGCCCGCUGUGCGGCUGCGGGGAGCGGCCAGCUUCCGUCGGGAGGGAGGUGUGCUCUCUGCCACGCGGUCCUGGAUAUAGAUGAUCAGGCUCUGGGGAUCACCGCUCUGCUGUCCCCUGCACUCUCCUUCAGGGACCUCUGGCCCCGGGCACUUGCCAUCUGGAUCACUGGGACCUAGGAUGCUUCCGAGACCACAGCAGAGGCCCCAUCCUCGCAUCUAACCUGCAUGGGGCUUGGCCCACCACCCCUCCUGACCCCUCCCCCAGCCUGGGCCUUGACCUUCCAUCGCUCACUGGCCAGCCCCGGCACGCUCUGAUUAAGGUUUUCUUUGCAUUUUUGUGAAAAAGGACUACCUGACCCUGAAUGUCUGAGGUGGUGGCUCCUCCGGGAGGGAUGAACGAGAUUUGACGAUUUUCCGAAGUGUAUGUGAAAAGCCACUUUCUUUUGAAGGGUGUAAAAAUCAGUCUCAUAGCAAAAGAAGGUAGGGAGGGACGUUUGGCAUAGCUCUAAGGAAAACCUCUAGGGCCUGUUCUCUCUCCUGCCAGUGUCCUUAAAAGGUCCCACCCAGGGACAGCACAGCCAUCAAGCAAGGGAGAGAUGGGUUAGUCUGAGGACGGUCCCUUUGGGGCAGAUAGAGAACCAGCAUCGUGUAUAACCCAGGAUCUCCAAAUCUGAACUUCCUAGAGAAACCCAGCUGCGCUCUCAGGUCACCAAGGACCCGGUUACACUUUGGUUUAAAAUAGGCCACAGGGAUCAAGCCUGGGGAUCUAGAAUCUUGCCCAAGGUAGGGGUCAGUCAUUGACCCAUGUUGGAGCCAACAUUUGCUCAGCAUCCACUGUAUGCCAAGCUUGGCGUGUUCUUAGAAGCCCCCCAACCCAUGAGAGGGCUUUAUACCUGUUG